GAGUGGUUAGAGGUGAAAGGUGAACCGCAUGGGUUUGGAUAAAGAAGCGGACUGCAAAACAGUAAAACAAACUAGCUUUUGUUCACGUUCUGUCGUUGCAUUUAGAGUUGAUGUGAGGACAGAUCGUUCCGUUAUACAUCUAAUGCACAUUUGAGAUAGCGAGAUUCCUUAUUUCACGGUUUUUUAUCGUCUAAAAUGGUAACUUUAGUUACUUUACUCUUAGAAAAGUGAGACGGCUAGGCUAACAGUUUUCGCGGGAGCGUAGUACAGUAAUUCUGAAUGACAUCUGAUCACACCGUCUAAUGAGCAUCGCACCGCGCGCUGGCAUCUCUGUUUUACUUGACAAAAAUUAGUUUAUAUAAAACAAAUUUCAUCGUAGAGUCCUAUCUCUUUUAAGUGUGUAGUCGGUGAGAUGGCUGAGAGACCGGAGGACCUCAAUCUUCCCAAUGCUGUCAUAACGCGGAUUAUCAAAGAGGCAUUGCCAGAGGGAGUAAACGUGUCUAAGGAGGCAAGAAGAGCGAUAUCUCAGGCAGCCAGUGUUUUCGUUCUCUAUGCAACAUCUUGUGCUAACAGUUUUGCUAUGAAGUCAAAAAGGAAGACACUCAGUGCUGGAGAUGUGAUGGCAGCUAUGGAAGAGAUGGAGUUUGAGCGUUUCUUACAACCCUUGCGAGCAGCACUUGAGGCUUACAAGAAAGGUCAGAAAGGGAAGAAGGAAGCAUCGGAGCAGAAACGCAAGGACAAGGAAAAGAAGAAUGACACAGAUGAGAAUGACAAAAGUAGAGAUGAAGAGGAAGAUGAUCACAUGGAUGAUGAUCAGGAUGGGGAGAAUGAAGGAGAGGAAGAGGAUGUUGAGAACUGAGGCGCUGUAGGAUUGUUUCAUUCAUUUGCUCAAUUCGUCCUGGUUUCUAUAAUACAUGGCAAAGAAUAGUAGUUUCCACAUUAAUAUUGGGAAAGGAUAAGGUGGUGACUUUGUCUGGACAUAAAGCCUAUAUUACUGAAUACUGUUUCACAUUUCUUGAAUAGAUUUAAAUUGAUCAGCUGUAUGAUUAACAUUGCAUAAUUUCUGCAGAUAGCAAGUAAAGUCUCACAACAGGUAUUGCACAAUCUUCUUAAAUCCCAUUUUGAGGCAUCUAACAGCGAUGUCAAUAAGUUUGUAUAAAACACUUUACUGAAAUAAGCUGCUUUGAUCCAGGAAGAGGAAAAAUGUGUUUACGGUUUAAUUAGCAAUAAAAGCUUUUUCAUAAAGAGGUUUUAAGAGUCUCAGUGAAACAUUCUGUAAACCUCUUAAUUCAGGGAUUGAGGAAGAAAAAAAUAAAAUACCAUGGCAAAGGUUGUCAUCAAGUCAACAGCCGUAAGUGACAUGCCUGAGCUUGUGUUGUACAUUGUUAUUAUAUACACAUUUGUAUUCGAGACUUGUGUCGUUUUGGAAUAUUGAAUACAUGUACCCUUUUUUCAAAAUAAAGUCUUCCAAUUAAAUUG